GUCACACUUUAAUACCGAAAGUUCCGUUGUUUUUUAGGGCGUUUUUGCCAUCUUGCUUCUUUGUGGUUGUUUGCCUAUCUACAUUGCCGUUUUUUGUAAAUCCCACUGACAAGUUGCACACAAAUAGCCCCCAAAUAGCGCAGCUCCGCCACUUCGUUUGUCCUUUGUUGAUGGUAUCGCGCACCGAGAGACGAGACCCAAAGAAAAGAAAAGAGAACCGAAGAAAAGAAAAGAAAACUUGCAUUCCGUUGAAGAGGCAUUCGACACUGAGCAGCUAGCGAGCAUGUUCAGUAUAAGCGAGCUGUGCUGCAUGUUCUGCUGCCCACCAUGCCCCGGCCCCAUUGCGGCCAAGUUGGCCUUCCAGCCACCGGAGCCCACGUACAAGCUGACUCCGGCGGACGACACGAACAUUAGGUACAACCUGCAGCUCUUUGACCGCGCCGAGUGGCAGUAUUCCGAGCGGGAGAAAUCGAAAGUGGAGGCCUUCUUCACGCGCACGUCGCGUGGCAACCUGAUUACCUGCAUCUAUGUCAGGUGCAGCAAGAACGCCAAGUACACGCUGCUCUUCUCCCACGGGAAUGCCGUGGACCUUGGCCAGAUGAGUAGCUUCUACCUGACACUCGGCUCGCAGAUCAACUGCAACAUCUUUGGAUACGACUACUCCGGCUACGGCAUGAGUGGCGGGAAGCCAUCCGAAAAGAAUCUGUAUGCGGACAUAGAGGCGGCCUGGCAGGCGAUGCGAACUCGGUUCAACAUCAGCCCGGAGACAAUAAUCCUGUACGGUCAGAGCAUUGGCACCGUGCCGACUGUUGAUUUGGCUUCGCGUCACGAAGUCGGAGCUGUGAUACUCCACUCGCCGCUGAUGUCGGGCCUGAGAGUGGUGUUUAGAAACACAAAGAGAACCUGGUUCUUCGACGCCUUUCCCAGCAUUGAUAAGGUGGCUAAGGUGAAGGCUCCGGUUCUGGUUAUUCAUGGAACCGACGACGAGGUCAUCGACUUUUCCCAUGGCAUCGGAAUCUACGAGCGGUGUCCUAAGACAGUGGAGCCGUUCUGGGUGGAGGGCGCUGGACAUAAUGAUGUUGAACUGCAUCCACAUUAUUACGAGCGACUGCGCAAAUUCCUGUCGGUGGAGCUCAUCAAAUGACAAUUAAAGAAUAAUGUCGAUGGAGGCGUUAGCGACACUACUUCCGGUGUAAUAACCAAUUCAAACCCUGCCGCAGCUAGUGUGUCCCUAAGUUCAAAGCAUCCAAAUCCUGUAGCGGCUGCAGGCGGAGGCGGAGGCGAAACAAGUAAAAAAAGUGUGGAAGCAAAUAACAAACGGAUUGAAAACGAUGGUGCCUCAAAUUCCAGCCAGAGCUCUACCAAAGCUCUGGAGCAGAAGUUUCUUUAGCAUAAACAGUCGGGCUCGUAUUCCAAAGCCCAACCCUUCUCACCACAGCUCUCAAA